GGGCGGGGGCGCCUGGCGGCCCAUUUCCUCCUCGGAGUCGGACCGGAGGGAGACAAAGCGGCGGCCGUCUCGGCUUCGGGCCUCGGGAAUCUUCCUGCACUCGCCCCACUCGCCGCAGAAAUGACUUCUGUCCACGCAGGCAACAUAAACUUUAAAUGGGACCCUAAAAGCCUAGAGAUCAGGACUUUGGCAGUUGAAAGACUGUUGGAGCCUCUUGUUACACAGGUCACAACUCUGGUAAACACCAAUAGUAAGGGGCCUUCAAAUAAGAAGAGAGGCCGUUCUAAGAAGGCCCAUGUUUUGGCUGCAUCUGUUGAACAAGCAACUGAGAAUUUUUUGGAGAAGGGGGAUAAAAUUGCAAAGGAGAGUCAGUUUCUCAAAGAAGAGCUUGUGGCUGCUGUAGAAGAUGUUCGAAAACAAGGUGAUUUGAUGAAGACUGCUGCAGGAGAGUUUGCAGAUGAUCCCUGCUCCUCUGUGAAGCGUGGCAACAUGGUUCGGGCAGCUCGAGCUUUGCUCUCUGCUGUUACCCGGCUGCUUAUUUUGGCUGACAUGGCAGAUGUCUACAAAUUACUUGUUCAGCUGAAAGUUGUGGAAGAAGGUAUCUUGAAACUGAGAAAUGCUGGCACUGAACAAGACUUAGGAAUACAGUAUAAAGCCCUAAAACCUGAAGUGGAUAAGCUGAACAUUAUGGCAGCCAAAAGACAACAGGAACUGAAAGAUGUGGGCCAUCGUGAUCAGAUGGCUGCAGCCAGAGGAAUCCUGCAGAAAAACAUUCCAAUCCUCUAUACUGCAUCCCAGGCAUGCCUACAGCACCCUGAUGUUGCAGCGUAUAAGGCUAACAGAGACCUAAUAUAUAAGCAGCUGCAGCAGGCGGUCACAGGCAUUUCCAAUGCAGCCCAAGCCACUGCAUCAGACGAUGCUUCCCAGCACCAGGGUGGAGGAGGAGGAGAACUGGCAUAUGCACUUAAUAAUUUUGAUAAACAAAUCAUUGUGGACCCCUUGAGCUUCAGUGAGGAGCGCUUUAGACCUUCCCUGGAGGAGCGCCUAGAAAGCAUCAUUAGUGGGGCUGCCCUGAUGGCCGACUCGUCCUGCACACGUGAUGACCGGCGUGAGAGAAUUGUAGCAGAGUGUAAUGCUGUCCGCCAGGCCCUGCAGGACCUGCUCUCAGAGUACAUGGGCAAUGCUGGACGUAAAGAAAGAAGCGAUGCGCUCAAUUCUGCAAUAGAUAAAAUGACCAAGAAGACUAGGGACUUGCGUAGACAGCUCCGCAAAGCCGUCAUGGACCAUGUUUCAGAUUCAUUCCUGGAAACCAACGUUCCACUUCUAGUAUUGAUUGAAGCUGCAAAGAAUGGAAAUGAGAAAGAAGUUAAGGAAUAUGCCCAGGUUUUCCGUGAACAUGCCAACAAAUUAAUUGAGGUUGCCAACUUGGCCUGUUCCAUUUCAAACAAUGAAGAAGGUGUAAAACUUGUUCGAAUGUCAGCAAGCCAGCUAGAAGCCCUCUGUCCUCAGGUUAUCAAUGCUGCAUUGGCUUUAGCAGCAAAACCCCAGAGUAAACUGGCCCAAGAGAACAUGGAUCUUUUUAAAGAACAGUGGGAAAAACAAGUCCGUGUUCUCACAGAUGCUGUCGAUGACAUUACUUCCAUUGAUGACUUCUUGGCUGUCUCAGAGAAUCACAUUUUGGAAGAUGUGAACAAAUGCGUCAUUGCUCUCCAAGAGAAAGAUGUGGAUGGGCUGGACCGCACAGCUGGUGCGAUUCGAGGCCGGGCUGCUCGGGUCAUUCAUGUAGUCACCUCAGAGAUGGACAACUAUGAGCCAGGGGUCUACACAGAGAAGGUGCUGGAAGCCACAAAGCUGCUCUCCAACACAGUCAUGCCGCGUUUUACGGAGCAAGUGGAGGCGGCCGUGGAAGCCCUCAGCUCGGACCCCGCCCAGCCCAUGGAUGAGAAUGAGUUUAUUGAUGCCUCCCGCCUGGUGUAUGAUGGCAUCCGGGACAUCAGGAAAGCGGUGUUGAUGAUAAGGACCCCCGAGGAACUGGAUGACUCUGACUUCGAGACGGAGGACUUCGAUGUCAGAAGUAGGACAAGCGUCCAGACAGAAGAUGAUCAGCUGAUAGCUGGCCAAAGUGCCCGGGCAAUCAUGGCUCAGCUUCCCCAGGAGCAAAAAGCAAAGAUUGCAGAACAGGUGGCCAGCUUCCAGGAAGAAAAGAGCAAGCUGGAUGCCGAGGUGUCCAAGUGGGACGACAGUGGUAAUGACAUCAUCGUGCUGGCCAAGCAGAUGUGCAUGAUUAUGAUGGAGAUGACAGACUUCACCCGAGGUAAAGGACCGCUCAAAAAUACAUCGGACGUGAUCAGUGCUGCCAAGAAAAUUGCGGAGGCCGGAUCUAGGAUGGAUAAGCUCGGCCGGACCAUUGCAGACCACUGCCCAGACUCAGCCUGCAAGCAGGACCUGCUGGCCUACCUGCAGCGGAUCGCCCUCUACUGCCACCAGCUCAACAUCUGCAGCAAAGUCAAGGCUGAGGUGCAGAAUCUAGGUGGGGAGCUCGUCGUCUCGGGGGUGGACAGCGCCAUGUCCCUGAUCCAGGCCGCCAAGAACUUGAUGAAUGCGGUGGUACAGACGGUGAAGGCGUCCUACGUGGCCUCCACCAAGUAUCAGAAGUCUCAGGGCAUGGCUUCCCUCAACCUCCCGGCUGUGUCGUGGAAGAUGAAGGCACCUGAGAAAAAGCCCUUGGUGAAGAGAGAGAAGCAGGAUGAGACCCAGACCAAGAUUAAACGGGCAUCUCAGAAGAAGCACGUGAACCCUGUGCAGGCCCUUAGCGAGUUCAAAGCCAUGGACAGCAUCUAGGGCCGCCCUGCCCCCACCUCUUGGGGCUUCAAAAGAUCGGUCACUGCUCUUCACCCAAAUGUAUCUGCUAAGUAGAACAGUGAUGUUAGAUUCCACAGGGACGUAGGCAGAUUUUAAACCUGUCCAGGUGGUGAAUUUGGCAAGGACAUACUUGUGUUUAGAUUGGUCAAAAAUCCUUUUGGAAUUCAGAAACACAUUUCUAGCUAUAUUUUUGUAAGCUUAAAUAAAAAUAAUUCCAUAACCAAAGAGAAACCCA